AACUAAGCAUGCGUGAAGCUAAAACGGGCCGCCCCGUUGUCCAGCCUUAGUGUGCCGCACCCUUCGUGUCUGGCUGUGAAAAAUCGUGCAAAGUAGUGUGUUUACAUAAGUUUUUCGAGGAUAUUUUGUCAUUGAUGUCUCUCUGAUUGUACGUGCUCUAUUUGGACUCUAAUUUAGUGUAAUUUUUAGUAAAUCAAAAUGAGUAGCGAAUUAGAGCAGCUAAGAUCAGAAGCUGAGGCACUCAAGAAUCAAAUACGAAGCUCAGGAGGAUAUUUGGUAUCAGCAUCACAAGAUGGAAAAUUAAUAGUAUGGGAUUCAUAUACAACAAAUAAAGUACAUGCAAUCCCACUGCGUUCCAGUUGGGUCAUGACCUGUGCCUAUGCUCCGUCAGGCAGUUUUGUAGCGUGUGGAGGUCUGGAUAACAUAUGUUCCAUCUACAGUUUGAAAACGAGAGAAGGCAACGUGCGAGUGAGCCGGGAGCUACCGGGCCACACCGGCUACCUGUCCUGCUGCAGGUUCCUCGACGACAACCAGAUAGUCACCAGUUCAGGAGACAUGUCGUG